GUUUACUUUGAUGCAAAUACUCCCGUCUCCUCCGCCAACGAGAUAUUCCCAUGGCCCAGGUCCCCCCUUGUAGUCUCAAUUUGACUACCGAGGUCAUUAAUCGAGGCUCGACUGCGGUCAUAAAGAGAUACCGAUCCAAUGUUGUCAUCAAAUGUCCCAAUCAACAUGUUGAGCAUGGGAAGAUUAAUUACAUCGAUGUUGAGAAACGGAUACUCGACCGACUGGGGCCUCAUCCUGGCAUUAUCAAGCUCUUUCCAAGAUCCUGUAGGGUUGCUGUUCACCGAAGCGAAUUGCGCCGACCUACAACGCUACUUGAAUACUCAUAACCAGUUGAUCAGCGGCGAUCUUCGACUCAAAUGGCGCCUUCAGGCUGCUGAGGCUAUUGCUCACAUUCACAGCAAGGACGUCAUCCAUUCUGAUCCACGCCCAGAGAAUUGUCUACUGCACAGCUACAAUGACAAGACCGAAGCAUGUAUAUGAUUGCAGGGUGUAGACCGCCCUUAUCACUCUCGAGCUUGCUUUAUUGCAAGUACUCACCGGCAUAGCAAGUAAGGUGUCAAAAAGUACUAUGCUUCCGAUCAUUAGAAGUGGAGUGACAAAGGUGCAAUGAUGUUCAUAGUAAAAGAGAAACGCAAAACAUACAGCAGCAGGGAUUCCCACGUGGUCACCCACCGUAGUACUGAUCUGCCGUUCAACUGCUUAUGUAUGGCAGAGCGGACGGGAUGCCCAGUUUUCAGCUGACUGUGG